AUGGGCUCUCACUCGCUCCCUUAUAUGGAGACCAAUCCUAAGCUGAUCUUCUUCACCGACUUUGAUGGCACAAUUACCGUCGACGACAGCAAUGACUUCAUGAUCGACAACCUUGGCUUCGGCAAGGCAAACCGCCUGGUCCUGAACGAACAGGUCUUGAACGAAACCCUGAGCUUCCGUGAUGCCUUCCGCGAAAUGCUCGGAUCUAUCAAGACCCCCUACGACCAGUGCAUCCAGACCCUGCUUCAGAACAUGAAGCUGGACCCUUACUUCGAGGAGUUCUACUACUGGGCCCGUGAUAACAAUGUCCCCAUUGUCAUUCUGUCUUCUGGCAUGCGCCCUAUUAUUAGCGCUCUCCUAGAGAAGUUCCUUGGCCACAAGCCGGCUGAGCACCUCACCAUUAUCUCGAAUGAGCCCGUGGGCCGCGACGGCAAAGACAUCAACGAGGAGGGUGGCUGGGGUAUUGAGUACCACGAUGACAGCCACUUCGGCCAUGACAAGUCUUUGGAGAUCAAGCCUUACGCCGCAUUGCCUGAUGGCGAGCGCCCAGUUCUUCUCUAUGCCGGAGACGGUGUCUCAGAUCUGUCUGCUGCCGCGGAAACUGAUCUUCUCUUCGCCAAGCAGGGUAAAGAUCUGGUCACCUACUGCCAGCGCAGAGGCAUGCCCUACACAACUUUUGAGAAUUGGUCUACUAUUCUCAAGACCACUCAAGACAUUUUGGCUGGUAAGGUGACGGCCGGUGAGGUCGCCGCCAAGGCCACUUUGGGUGCGUAG